AUUCAAUGUUUUUCGUAAAAAAAAAUUGUCGAUUUCUAAUUGAAGGAAUUCAAGGAAUUUAUUUAAAAUUAUUGUAUCAUUUUUAAUAAGUCAAUAAAAGAAUUAUUAACGGUCUUGUAACAACAUGACGAAAAAGUUUGAAUUUAAUUGGCAAAUUGAAGUACCAGAUUUUUUGCAAAAAGGUGCUACGUGUGAUCGUUGGUUUGAAGAUAAGGAAACUACAGAAUUUGAACCCAGUUGUCUUUUUAAAGUUGACGAAUAUGGAUUUUUUCUCUACUGGAAGAGUGAUGGGAAGGAUGGUGAUGUAAUAGAACUUGCUCAAGUGUGUGAUAUUCGAUACGGGGGAACUCCAAAAGAUCCAAAGAUUUCUAGUAAAUUGAGUAAACAUGGAACUCCCGAACAGCUGAAUGAUAAAAGUUUAACGAUCUGUUCUGGUCUUGAUUAUACAAAUAUUAUUUACCAACAUAUUGUAUUAGAAAGUCCCGAACAAGCUAAGCAAUGGCAAGAUGGAUUGAGAAAAAUCACGCACAAUACAAAAGCAAGUAAUGUUUGUCCAACAAUCCAAUUGAAGAAGCAUUGGAUGAGACUUUGCUUUUCCGUGGAUCCGAAAGGAAAACUUCCAGUAAAAGUAAUCGCUAAAACUUUUGCAUCCGGGAAAACAGAAAAGUUAGUUUUUCAAUGUCUGUCGGAGAUGGGAUUACCAAAUGGAAAAAGUGAUAAAAUGGAAGUAUCAGCAUUCACACUAGAACAUUUUACAACCCUUUAUUUUAAAGUUUGUCCACGAAACGAUAUUGAAGAAUUAUUUCAAACUAUAACAAGUGGAAAAGAAUAUAUUACUUUAAUGUCUUUGGUGAACUUCAUGAAUGAAAAACAGAGAGAUCCUAUGCUUAAUGAAAUCCUCUAUCCACUUUAUGAUGAAAAAAGAUGCACUGAAAUAAUAAAUGAUUAUGAAUCAGACGAGAAGUUGAAAAAUGAAAAAAAAUUAUCAAAAGAAGGAUUUAUUCGUUAUUUAAUGAGUGAUGAAAAUGCCCCAGUAUUUUUGGACAAAUUGGAUGAAUGGAUGGACAUGGACCAACCUCUGUCUCAUUAUUACAUAAAUUCAAGUCACAAUACUUAUUUGAGUGGACGACAAAUUGGUGGUAAAAGUACAGUAGAGAUGUAUCGUCAAGUGCUUCUCGCCGGUUGCAGGUGCGUCGAACUUGAUUGCUGGGACGGGAAAGGCGAGGAUGAAGAGCCGAUAAUAACCCAUGGUAAAGCUAUGUGUACUGAUAUUCUAUUCAAGGACGUGAUCGUAGCUCUGAGAGAUUGCGCUUUUGUCACCAGCGAGUAUCCAGUCAUUCUUAGCUUUGAAAAUCACUGCUGUUUGAAACAACAAUAUAAGCUGGCAAAGUAUUGUGAUGACAUCUUGGGAGAUUUGUUACUCAAAGAACCAUUGAAGGAUUAUCCUCUCGAACCAGGAUCUCCUUUACCACCUCCAAGUGCUCUAAAGCGCAAGAUCUUGAUAAAAAAUAAACGUCUCAAGCCGGAAGUCGAAAAAGCGGAAUUAGAACUUUUCCUUGCGGGUCAAUUCGAAGCCAAGGACGAACAAGUUGAAGAUCCCAAUGCUCCUCCUACGGCACCACCUCCAGAAGCUGCUGCUGCUCCUGCCGAAGGAGGAGGUGAAGGUGGUGGUGCCGGUGGUGAAGGUGGAGAAGCUGCUGCUGUCGUCUACACUGGUAGUACUAUGGCUUGCCACCCAUGGUUGUCAUCAAUGAUUAAUUAUGCUCAGCCUAUAAAAUUUCAAGGAUUCGAUGUAGCAGAAAAGAAGAAUAUUCACCAUAACAUGUCGUCCUUCUCUGAGACCGCAGCACUCAAUUAUCUCAAGACUUCCGCCGUAGAGUUUGUUAAUUACAACAAACGACAGAUGAGUAGGAUUUAUCCGAAGGGUACACGAGCUGAUUCAUCAAACUACAUGCCUCAAGUGUUUUGGAAUGCUGGCUGUCAGAUGGUGGCAUUGAAUUUCCAAACUCCCGACCUUCCUAUGCAACUUAAUCAAGGAAAGUUCGAAUUCAAUAACACCACAGGCUACUUGUUGAAGCCAGAGUUCAUGAGAAGAGCUGAUAAGACAUUCGAUCCUUUUGCUGAAGGAGUAGAUGGUGUGAUUGCAGCUCAGUGUAAAGUCCAGGUCAUUGCUGGGCAAUUUUUAUCCGAUAAAAAGAUUGGAACAUAUGUAGAAGUUGAUAUGUAUGGUCUUCCAGCAGAUACGAUCAAAAAAGAGUUUAGAACCAGAAUGGUACCAGCUAACGGCUUGAAUCCUGUUUAUAAUGAAGAACCGUUUCUCUUCCGUAAAGUUGUACUUCCUGAUCUGGCUGUUUUGAGAUUUGGUGUUUAUGAUGAAAGUGGUAAACUGCUAGGUCAAAGAAUUUUGCCUCUUGAUGGUCUUCAAGCUGGUUACCGUCAUAUUUCUUUAAAGACCGAAGCUAACUUUCCGAUGGCUCUUCCGAUGUUAUUUUGUAACAUAGAAAUAUCAAUUUAUGUACCAGAUGGCUUUGGAGACUUCAUGGCGAUGUUAUCCGAUCCUGGUGGCUUCUCUAAAGCCGCCGAGAAACAAGCUGCCAAUAUGAAAGCUCUAGGUAUUGAGCAAACUGGUGGUUCUGCACCACAACCAAAAAAAGAAGAAGGACCUAAAUGGGAGGCAUUUGAGGCUGAACCAAUCACUUUUAUUCUGAUCAGAAAAGACAAAAGUUAUAAACUUGGUAAAAAACAACAGAAAGAGUUUGAUGCUAUGAAAAAGAGACAUUUAAAAGAGAGACAAGCCAUGCAGAAGACACAAAUGGCAGCGGUUGAUAAAUUAAUUAAGGGCAAGGAUAAGGAUUCAGCAUUGAAAGAUGAAAAUUUAAAAACAGUAAUUAGAGAACAAAUAACACAAUGGUCAGAAAUGUUAAAGAAACACAAGAUAGAAGAAUGCGAAAUGAAUAAGGCUCACAUUCAAGCUGGAAAAGAUGAAUUUAAAAAAGUGGUAGAAAACAUUCAAGCUCAACAAAAAAAACAACUACAGAUAAAACAAGACAAAGAUACUAAAGAACUAAAUGCAAGUCAAGCUAAAGUUUCCGGUGAAACGGCCAAGGAAGUCAUGAAUGAUAAGGCUUUGAAGACCAAGGGUGACAAAGAACGUAGGCUACGUGAAAAGAAACAAAAUAAUAUUAAAAAAUUCACUGAAGAAAGAAAGACAUUGGGGAUCAGACAAGGUAGAGAAACAGAAAAACUACAAAAAGCUCAUGAAAAAGCAUUGGCUGAUCUUGACAAAACUAUUCAACAGACAAUAGACAGAUACACUCAUGAAGCAUUGCUCUACAGUGAUAUGUAUAAACGGACAUUCUACGUGUAAUUAAUAAAAAUAAAUUGAAAAUAAUCUAUGUUAAUACAUGAAUCAUUACUUGAGUGAUAGAUUAACGAUUGUAUUCAUCCCAAAAAAAUUUAAAUAAAGUGAGAAUACGUGA